AUGAAACGAAGACAAAAGAGAAAACACCUGGAGAGUGAGGAGCCCCAGGAAGAUGAAGAGCUGGGAGGAGGAAUUUCAAAGAUACAAGAGGAUGGCCCUCAGCCUGGACCCACUGCAAUGGCCACAGUCUGGAGCCCAGGGGUAGGGGAGGUCUCCUCUGCCUCUGAAUACUUCUCCUGUGUUUCUCCUCCAUGCAAGCUCGGCCAUGGUAGAUGCCAGAGAGUACAACAAGGAAGUCCCCAGGUCAGAUCACCUGCAGCCCAGGCUCAGGAGCCAGGAGAGACUCCUGCCCCUUCACAGCAGGUCUCCUCAUCCCAUUCAUCCUAUCAGACCUGUGUGUCUUCCCUGCCUUUAAACACAGAUGAAAAGGGCAUGAAAAUAUACUACAUGCAGGUACAAAUGAUAAAAGGUGUGGCUGUCUCCUGGGAGAGGGAAGAAACCUCCGAGAUCCUAGAAAAGCAGCCACGGAUGGAGGAAGCAGUGCUUCUGGGGAGCGUGCGGGUGGGCACGCCACCCUCCGACGUGUCAACCAGGAACCUCCUGUCUGACAGUGAGCCUGGCGGGGAGGAGAAAGAAUACGAGGAGAAAGUAGAGUCAGACAGCACACCAGGGUCACCCGCAGUGGAGGAGAGGCCCCGGGCCAAGACGCCUGACUGGCUGGUGACAACGGAGAACGGCUUUAGGUGCAUGGCCUGCUGCCGGGUUUUUGCUACCAUGGAGAUCCUUCGAGAACAUGUACAAUAUGGAAUCAGGGAGGGCUUCAGCUGCCACGUCUUCCACCUCACCAUGGCUCACCUGAUAGAAAAUGUGGAAUCAGAGAGCACCCAAGAGGAAGAAGAGGAGGAGGAGGAGGAGGAGAGACCAGAAGAGGAGAAUGAGGAGCAGCAGCCCACAGAGGAAGACCUUGGACUGAAGAGAUCAUGGAGCCAAUGCCCAGGAUGUGUGUUUCACUCUGCAAAGGACAGGAAGUGA